UUCAGUAUCCAGAUAAGAAGAGAAUAGUUGCACUUAAUUCCAGAAAUACCCUUUUACACAAACGGAUAGUAUUCUAAAGAAACCGGUCCUUCUUAGCUGGGUCAUAUCUACAACCCGAUAACCCGAAAAACUCUGUAAUGCAGCACCUCGUCAUCCAAAUUCCACGUGUACGUCCGCCAUGUCUUUUUCCGGCAACAAUGAGUUCCUUGCCGUCAACUUUCCCGGCGAAGUUUCUCAAUUUCCGGCCGGAGCUGAGCAGGAGUGUAAAGUAUAGGUCGAUUAGAUGUAUGGCGAAUCCUAGACGAGUUAAAAUGGUGGCUAAACAGAUAAGAAGAGAGCUUUCUGAUAUGUUACUUACAGAUAAGGUCUUGCAAUUUGCUGUUCUUCCUGAAGCUGCUCUUGGUGCCGAUAGAUACCUUUCUUCCCUUACUACUAUCAGUGAUGUUGAAGUUUCUACCGAUUUGCAGGUUGUAAAGGUCUAUGUCUCCGUGUUUGGAGACGAAAGAGGAAAGGAAGUGGCUUUGACGGGCUUGAAAUCGAAAGCAAAAUAUGUAAGGAGUGAGCUAGGGAGGCGAAUGAAGUUGCGACUAACUCCUGAGAUUCGUUUCAUUGAAGAUGAGUCCAUUGAACGGGGAAGCAGGGUACUUGCUAUAUUGGACAGGAUUAAGGAUGAGAAUGAAAAUAAGAAUUCACAAUCCGGAGCUGCCAAUAAUGAUGGAUCAUCUGACCAAAGCGAUGAUGAAGAUGGGGACUGGGAGGGUGACGACCCGGAUGAUGAAGGCAUUAUUUAUGUGAAAUAGCUUUCUGGUGCGCUCUAAACUACACUGACUCUGGACUAGACAAAAGAUGUAUUGCAUCAUGGGUGGAGGUGUUUCUUCAGCCAUGCAAAGAACAUUCGCGCAGUUCCCAAAUUGUGGAAACCUUAUUAAACCCUGUUCAGAACGUCUAGCUACUUUAUUUUCUUGUUUCAUUUAUAAUUCAUUUCUGAUAUACAAAUCAAUUAAGUAGUAUUACUUGGCUUUCCAUGCA